AGACCAGUCAGCUUGUGGGAGCUGUUGGGCAUUCGGUGUCACUGAGGCCUUUAAUGACCGCCUAUGUAUCAAGUCGGAUGGGGCGUUCACGGAGCUCCUAUCGGCCGGCGAGAUGAAUGCUUGUACGCUGUUCUUCGGAUGCGGUGGUGGAGAUCCUUACUCAGCCUGGUCUUGGGUGCACGAUAAAGGGAUCGCAACUGGUGGAGAUUACGUUGCGAAAGAUGAUAUGACCAAAGACGAUGGGUGCUGGCCGUAUGAUUUCCCCCCAUGCGCUCAUCAUAUCAAUGAUACCAAGUACCCCAAAUGCCCGAAGGUAAGCUGUAGCGGCGAUGAUCGUCAUUUCAUGUUGGAAUCCUCUCCUUAUCACUACUCUGUGAACGAUGCUAAGAAUGCUAUCAGGACCGAUGGCCCAGUUUCGGCUUCUUUCACUGUUUACGAAGAUUUCCUAGCCUACAGGUCUGGUGUAUACAAGCAUACUUCUGGUUCAUAUCUCGGUGGACAUGCUGUGAAGAUAAUUGGUUGGGGUGAGAAGAGUGGACAAGCUUACUGGCUUGCCGUGAACUCCUGGAAUGAAGACUGGGGUGACCACGGCCUUUUCAGAUAG